AAAUACUCGCAGAGCCGACUUCUGAUCAAAUAACCGAGCAGUGUUGUGCGAGAGUCACGUGUAUAGUGUUUAAGUAAUUUAUUGCAAUUUUAUAAUACAAAAUGAGGGAAAUCGUGCACCUCCAAGCCGGCCAGUGCGGAAACCAGAUCGGAGCUAAAUUCUGGGAGAUCAUCUCGGACGAGCACGGCAUCGACCCCACCGGCGCCUACCAUGGCGACUCCGACCUGCAGCUGGAACGCAUCAACGUGUACUACAACGAGGCUUCCGGCGGCAAGUACGUGCCCCGCGCCAUCCUCGUCGACCUGGAGCCCGGCACCAUGGACUCCGUCCGCUCGGGGCCUUUCGGGCAGAUCUUCCGCCCCGACAACUUCGUCUUCGGGCAGUCGGGCGCCGGCAACAACUGGGCCAAGGGACACUACACAGAGGGCGCUGAGCUCGUCGACUCAGUCCUCGACGUAGUACGCAAAGAAUCAGAAUCGUGCGAUUGCCUACAGGGCUUCCAGCUCACACACUCCCUUGGUGGCGGUACCGGCUCCGGCAUGGGAACUCUUCUAAUUUCCAAAAUUCGUGAAGAAUACCCCGACAGAAUAAUGAACACAUACUCAGUCGUCCCCUCGCCAAAAGUAUCAGACACAGUCGUGGAACCUUACAACGCGACUCUCUCAGUUCACCAGCUCGUAGAAAACACAGACGAAACCUAUUGUAUCGACAACGAGGCUCUAUAUGACAUCUGCUUCAGGACACUCAAACUCUCCACACCCACCUACGGAGAUCUUAACCACUUAGUCUCUCUUACAAUGUCAGGUGUCACAACUUGCCUUAGGUUCCCCGGUCAACUCAACGCAGAUCUUCGAAAAUUAGCAGUUAACAUGGUACCUUUCCCACGUCUCCACUUCUUCAUGCCCGGCUUCGCCCCUCUCACGUCCCGCGGCAGCAGGCAGUACCGCGCCCUCACCGUGCCCGAGCUCACCCAGCAGAUGUUCGACGCCAAGAACAUGAUGGCGGCGUGCGACCCGCGCCACGGCCGCUACCUCACCGUGGCCGCCAUCUUCCGCGGCCGCAUGUCCAUGAAGGAGGUGGACGAGCAGAUGCUCAACAUCCAGAACAAGAACUCGUCCUACUUCGUGGAAUGGAUCCCCAACAACGUGAAGACCGCCGUGUGCGACAUCCCGCCCCGCGGCCUCAAGAUGGCGGCCACCUUCAUCGGCAACUCCACCGCCAUCCAGGAGCUGUUCAAGCGCAUCUCGGAGCAGUUCACCGCCAUGUUCAGGCGCAAGGCUUUCUUGCAUUGGUACACCGGCGAGGGCAUGGACGAGAUGGAGUUCACCGAGGCCGAGAGCAACAUGAACGACCUGGUCUCCGAGUACCAGCAGUACCAGGAGGCGACCGCCGACGAGGACGCCGAGUUCGACGAGGAGCACGAACAGGAAGUCGAAGACCACUAGGCGUUAGGCGCUAACGCGACAAAGUACAUGCCAUUAUUGAUUGACUCGCGUUACUUUUAGUAACCUUAAUGAUUCCUAUACUGUUAUGAAGAUAUGCUUGCUAACUUUUAACAGAAUGCACGACUAAACAAAUUCCCGGUCAGGACGAAAAAUGUGAAAACAUUUAAAUUAAUACAUUCCGCGUGAUUCAGCAAGCCUCGUUGAGUGUAAGAUCUGAAAAGCAAAAGGCUGAUCAUAUACAUAUUGAGAAUUAUGUAUUCAAUUGUAAGUUUGGCCACACCAAACGUUAUGUCGGCUUCAAUAACAGAAGUUUUAUUACGAUUAAAAUUGUUUUGAACAAUAAAAUUUAAUGUAUAUAAUAAAGUUUUUUAUUUAUUA